GUCCCCGCACGUCAUUUUCAUUCAGGCAGCAUUUGAAUAAGGAAGAUGGCGGCUGCAGCAGUGGUUGAAUUUCAGAGAGCCCAGUCUCUCAUUAGCACGGAUCGGAACGCCUCUAUCGACAUCCUACAUUCAAUAGUGCGGAGAGAUGUUCAGGAGAACGAUGAGGAAGCCGUCAGGGUUAAAGAGCAAAGCAUCCUGGAGCUGGGGACCCUCCUGGCAAAGACGGGACAGGCUGCAGAGCUGGGGGGGCUGCUGAAAUUUGUGAGGCCAUUCCUGAUUUCCAUCAGCAAGGCCAAGGCAGCUCGGCUCGUCCGCUCCCUGUUGGAUCUCUUCCUCGACAUGGAGGCGGCGACGGGGCAGGAGGUCGAGCUGUGUCUUGAGUGCAUCGAGUGGGCCAAGGCCGAGAAGAGGACCUUCUUACGGCAGGCUCUGGAGGCUCGGCUGAUCUCACUCUAUUUUGACACCAAAAGAUACCAGGAGGCCUUGGCUCUGGGCUCCCAGUUGCUCCAGGAGCUGAAAAAGAUGGAUGACAAAGCUCUGCUGGUGGAGGUUCAGCUGCUAGAAAGCAAGACGUACCACGCUCUCAGUAAUCUGCCCAAGGCCCGCGCAGCCCUCACCUCAGCCAGGACCACCGCCAACGCCAUCUACUGUCCCCCGAAGCUCCAGGCAGCUCUGGACAUGCAGUCAGGGAUCAUCCACGCAGCAGAGGAGAAAGACUGGAAGACGGCCUACUCCUACUUCUUCGAGGCCUUCGAGGGCUACGACUCCAUCGACAGUCCCCGGGCCAUCACAGCCCUGAAAUACAUGCUUCUGUGCAAAAUUGUGCUCAACUUACCAGAGGAGGUACAAGCUCUGAUCAGCGGUAAACUGGCCCUGCGAUACGCCGGCAGACAGACAGAUGCACUGAAAUGUGUUGCCCAGGCCAGCAAGAACAGAUCAUUAGCAGACUUUGAGAAGGCCCUCACAGAGUACAGAGCAGAACUGAGGGACGACCCCAUCAUCAACACUCACCUGGCCAAACUGUACGACAACCUGCUGGAACAAAACCUCAUCCGAGUCAUUGAACCAUUUUCCAGAGUACAGAUUGAACACAUAUCAGGUCUAAUCAAACUAUCAAAGGGCGACGUUGAGAGGAAAUUAUCACAGAUGAUUCUGGACAAAAAGUUUCACGGAAUCCUUGACCAGGGCGAAGGCGUCCUGAUCAUAUUCGAAGAACCCCCAGUGGACAAAACAUACGAGGCAGCCUUGGAAACCAUUCAGAACAUGAGCAAAGUUGUGGACUCGCUGUACAACAAAGCCAAGAAGCUGACAUAGAGCAGAUCGUCGGCCAGAUGGAGGAACUGUGUGUGUUUGACCAGCGUGUGUAACAUUUUAAGAGGAGGGACAACAGAGAGCGACAACAAGUCCCACAAACUGCAACAAACAGGAUUCCCCCAUCAAAUUCUCCCCCCUCCCCUCUCCUCACCCCUCAACGGACUAUUUCAUCACUUCUCUCGUUUGUUUAUUUUCCUCUUUAAUUUUGAUAUCUCUGCAGGAUUAUUCUGUAUAACACUCAGCGGCCAAAUCAGGCCAUCAGGGAAUAUUGUACAACCACAAUAAAAAGAACAAAAAAAAAAAAAAGAUUCAAAGGUUUAAGAAUACAUAUAUGUUUAUAUCUGCUGUAAGGUCGGGCCUGCCGAGCCUUACGCCAACUCCACACUGCAACCUCAAAGGUGCAACAUUGACCUCUGCAGCCUCAGGCUCUGCUCCCAGCAGAGACGAGGCCUUCUCUUUCUUUUUCUCCAUAUCUUUCAAAAGCACAGGUUUUGGAAGGUUGGGAAACUCCUUGGGAUUCAGAAUUUUGGUCCGAUAGCUCCGUCUAGCUCCUAUAGUUAUUGUUUUUUUUUUUUUUUUCUCCUCCCCUCUCUCCACCAUAUCAAUGCCAACAGUUAAGCCCCAGCUGUAUUUCAGAUGUGUAUUAAACUCUUUUGUUUUUGUGAUUCUGUUAAAUAAGAAAAUCUGAUUGGUUGCCACAUGUCUGCCCGUCCUGCAAUCGUUGAGUCUAUAGACCAGACAGGAUGCCAUUUCACCACUAGUGCCACUUUUUCGGCGCUUCAGUUUGCCUCAGCGUUUGGGUGCAAUAUGAAAUCGCAGGGUCGAGGUGGAGACGUAUUCAUUGCCUCUGAGCGUCCGUGAGUUAUCCUGAGUGAACACUUCUCCAUUGUUAGUUCCUAGCACUAGUGUGGAAUGCUAGUAACCAAACAAUUUGUAUGGUUUUGAUUUGGUUCUGAUUUUUUUUUUUUUCUUUAUUUUAAUAUUUUUUUUGGUUUUGUUUUUCUCUUACAAAGACAUUUUCAAAAAUAAAUAUUUUGUAUUUUAA